CCAAUAUGGCUGCCAAUAUGAGAAUCCAGGAUUUAGCUGAUAAUUCUGAUGUAUCAAAAGAAAAAAGUUUGCCUUCGCUAAAAAAUCUCACUUCACCUGAGUACAGCAAGCUCAGCAAUGAACAGUACAAGACCGUCCAAGAUUUGUAUUUACCGCAUAUCGAAUCAUUCAAUUUUCUUGUGGAUGAAGGAUUGGGCUUAGCUGUGCAGGAUAUCUUUCCUCAGGAAUUUGAGCUUCCAAAUGGACAGAAAGCAUCAGUUUACUUUACUGGAGCAAGUAUUGGAACACCAAUGGUACCAGAAGGAAAUAUUCACUCAAAAUCAUUGAGAGUUUUUCCUGCAGAGUGUAGACAAAGAAGUACAACAUACAAUGCUAAACUACAGGUAUCUCUCCAGUGGAAAGUAAAUAAUCAGAUCUGUGGAAAUGUGGCCAAAGUCAUAGCAAUGUUGCCAGUAAUGGUGAAGUCCAAGUGUUGCUCAUUGUUUGGUUUGGGUCCAAAAGAUCUGGUUGCUAAUCAUGAAGAAGCUGAGGAAGGUGGUGGCUAUUUCAUUAUUAAUGGUAUUGAAAAGGUUAUUCGAAUGUUAGUGAUGCCCAGAAGGAACUAUCCUCUUGCAAUUACUCGAUCAUCAUGGCGGAAACGCGGACCUCUGUAUACCGAAUAUGGCAUUCAAAUUCGUUGCGUACAGAAAGACCAAACAGGCAAUACAAUGGUACUUCACUAUCUUACUGAUGGGACAUGUUCUCUCUCCUUUACAUAUAACAAAGAGCAAUUUUUCAUGCCGGUUAUGUUCAUGUUAAAGGCUCUGUAUGAAACAACAGAUCAACAAAUCUACAAGGAACUUACUAAGGGUCAAGAAUCGAACACGUUUUUAAAAGAUUGCAUUGCAACGAUGCUGAGACAGACACAAGAUCAGGAUAUAACAACCCAGACGAAGAUAUUGAAUUAUAUAGGUGAGCGAUUUCGAGUGAAAUUAGGUCUUCCUCAAUGGUAUAAUAAUGUUUCAGCUGCUAAAUUUCUAAUUCGGAAAUGUAUCUGUAUUCACUUGGAUUCUUAUCUUGACAAAUUUAACCUUAUUGUGUUUAUGGUAAAGAAACUUUACGCUUUUGCACUUGAGAAAUGUGCGGUGGAAUCAGCUGAUAAUCCAAUGAAUCAAGAAAUACUUCUUGGGGGGCAUUUUUAUCUGAUGGUGUUAAAGGAGAAAUUGGAAGUUUGGUUGACUUCCUUAAAAUUUGCUUUGGAGAAAGAUAUCAAGAAGAACCCAAGCAAAUUUACCUUAAAUUCAACUUCUUUACUGAAAAAUAUGGCUCAUUGUUUUAACUUGACCAACCAAAUGGAAUAUUUAUUAGCCACUGGCACUCUAAGAAGUAAAUCCGGACUGGGAUUAAUGCAGAUUGCUGGUUAUUCGGUAGUGGCAGAUAAACUCAAUUAUUACAGAUAUCUCUCCCAUUUUCGUUGUGUUCACCGUGGAGCUUUCUUUGCUCAGAUGAGAACAACAUCUGUGAGAAAACUUCUUCCCGAAGCCUGGGGAUUUCUGUGUCCAGUUCACACCCCAGACGGAGCCCCCUGUGGGCUAUUGAAUCAUUUAGCGGCUAUGUGCGAGGUGGUGAAUGUAUCACCUCAAACCUCGCAUCUCCCCCGGCUGUUAUGUUCACUUGGUAUGACCCCCCUGGACUGUCCGACUUCAGCGCCUGUGCCGUCGUGUUACCCAGUCUUAUUAGAUGGUAGGGUAUUAGGUUAUGUGGAAGAACAAUUGGCCAAUGAUUUGGUAAAGAGACUAAGAAUAAUGAAAGUUGAACAACUGGAACAGGUUCCCAAACAUUUGGAAGUUUGUUUAGUUCCUUUCACUAAAACAGCAAGUCAGUAUCCUGGUCUAUUUUUAUUCACCACUCCUGCGCGAAUGACGAGGCCGUUAUUAAAUAUCGCUGCUGGAAAACCUGAAAUGAUUGGAACAUUCGAACAGGUAUAUCUUGACGUUGCAAUAGUUCCAGAUGAGGUUCAUGAAGGGAUCACGACACACAUGGAGAUAAAACAGACUGGAUUCCUCAGCACUGUCGCAAGUUUAACACCAUAUUCAGAUUUUAACCAAAGUCCCAGGAAUAUGUAUCAAUGUCAGAUGGGAAAACAAACAAUGGGAACACCAUGUCACGCGUUUCCGUUUCGUAGCGAUAAUAAACUUUAUCGGAUACAGACUCCCCAGUCGCCAUUAGUUCGCCCAAAAGCUCACGAUGAGUUUAACGUUGAUAAUUAUCCUGUGGGAACAAAUGCAAUUGUCGCUGUUAUAUCUUACACGGGUUAUGAUAUGGAAGAUGCCAUGAUAUUAAACAAAUCUUCGUUCGAGCGUGGCUUUGCUCAUGGCACAGUUUACAAAACCGAGGUCGUUGAUCUGGCGAAAUAUGCGAGUGAUCCUCGAAAUGUCAAUCUUAGGUUUGGUUGUUUACCAGAUGAUAGCAGAGUUUCAGGAAAACUGGAUAAAGAUGGUUUUCCACCAAUUGGGACAAAGCUAGAGAAUGGUGAUCCUUGUUAUUGUUAUAUCGACCUGACAACUGGUGAUGCAAAAGUAAAAUAUUACCAUUACAUGGAAGCGGCAUACUUGGAAUCCGUGAAAUUUCUUGGUAAUGAUAGCGGUGAUGGUGAGUUACAAAGAGUAUCUUUGAAGUGGAGAAUACAGAGAAAUCCAAUCAUUGGUGACAAGUUCUCAAGUCGACAUGGGCAGAAAGGUAUCUGUAGUCAAAAGUGGCCAGCAGAAAACAUGCCUUUCUCAGAAUCUGGAAUGACGCCGGAUAUUAUUUUUAAUCCUCACGGCUUUCCAUCACGUAUGACUAUUGGAAUGAUGAUCGAAAGUAUGGCUGGCAAGUCAGCGAGCAUGCAUGGUUUGGUACAUGACGCUACACCAUUCACAUUUUCUGAAGAUAAUUCUGCCAUUGAUUAUUUCGGUAAAAUGUUAAUAGAAGCUGGCUACAAUUAUUUUGGAACAGAGCGGCUUUAUAGCGGUAUAACAGGCAAAGAAUUUGAAGCAGAUAUAUUCUUUGGUAUUGUUUAUUAUCAACGUUUACGUCAUAUGGUCUCGGAUAAAUAUCAGGUGCGUGCGACUGGUCCUAUUGAUGCUCUUACUCAUCAACCUGUUCAAGGCAGAAAAAGACAAGGAGGAAUUCGUUUUGGUGAAAUGGAGCGCGAUGCUUUACUUGCCCAUGGAACUUCAUUUCUUUUGCAAGAUAGAUUAAUGAACUGUUCAGAUCGUUCUGAGGGCCAUGUAUGUUCAAAGUGUGGAAGUCUGCUAUCACCAAUUUUUGAUAAACCUGCAUCAGAAAUGGCAGCUGUUGCAUCAAAUGUCACAAGAAAAUGGAGCUGUAAAAGUUGUGAGACGAGUGAACAUAUAAAAGUUCUUUCUUUACCCUAUGUUUUCCGAUACCUUGUUGCUGAACUCGGUGCUAUGAAUAUUAAAGUAUCUUUAGAUGUGAAGUGAAAUAUGAUCAGACUAUUGACUUCUGUAAAUAUGCUUGAGUGAAAGAUGUGGAAUAUAUA